UCAGUUUCUAUUCGUCGCUGAAUGUGAGCGGCUGGUAUUCCCGUUCGUUUGGUGCUUAAAGAUUUUUAUUUUAGAAUUAAAUAUAUAAGUGGAAACUUUUCACUUCAUCUAUCUAUUUUUGGGCUGAUACGAAAGUGCAAUGGUCGAAGUAGGAUUAAUAGUUCGCAUCUUGCUUGUGGCCUUUGUGGUGUUCUUGGCAGUGUUUGUGCAUAGAUUUCAGUAUCUAUUAAGUUCAGCACCCGUGCCAGACUUAAGCGAUGCCGAAUAUUGGGGACCCGGCAGCGCUGCUAAAUAUAAGGAGAAUACUGCAAUCAAGGAAUUUGAUAUAAGCGUGAAACCAGAGGUAAUUGAAGAUCUGAAAGCACAAUUGUCACGCCCUCUAACAUUGCAUGAGCCACUGGAAGGCAUCGGUUUUCAAUAUGGAUUCAAUUCGAAAUACCUAGAAACGGUGGUCGCAUAUUGGCGCGACACUUACCUGCCUAAGUGGAGUGAACGCGAAAAGUUUCUCAAACAAUUCCCGCACUAUGAGACGCAGAUCCAGGGUUUGCGCAUUCACUACAUCCAUGUGAAACCCAAAACCGCCAAAGGAAAGAAGGUAAUUCCCCUACUGCUGCUUCAUGGCUGGCCAGGAUCGGUACGUGAAUUCUACAAAAUUAUUCCCAUGCUGACGAAAGCGAACGCCAAAACCCCAUAUGUUUUUGAAGUGGUCGUACCCAGCUUACCCGGCUAUGGUUGGUCUCAGGGUGCUUCAAAGAUUAACUUCGGCCCAGCUCAAGUGGCAUUGGUGAUGCGUAAUUUGAUGUUGCGUUUAGGUCAUGAGAAAUUUGUGGUGCAAGGCGGUGAUUGGGGCUCGAUAAUCGGCUCGCAUAUAGCUACCCUGAGACCUCAGAAUGUGCUCGGCUAUCAUUCGAAUAUGUGCAGUACCCAACAUCAAAUCGCACAAUUUUAUAAAUUUUGGCGCAUCUGGUUUCCCUCGUUCUUUGUGAAAGACGAACAGAAAGAUUUCUUCAAACCAUUCGGCCAAGAGUUAAGCUUCCUUCUAGAAGAAUCCGGUUAUUUCCAUCUUCAAGCAACCAAGCCGGACACUAUUGGCACAGCACUCUUGCAGAAUCCAGUCGGCUUAGCUGCGUAUAUCUUAGAGAAAUUUUCCACCUGGACCAAUUUUGAAUACAAAAAACUUGAGGAUGGUGGCCUCACUAAGCGUUUCACAUUGGAUGAGCUUUUGGAUAAUGUAAUGAUUUAUUAUGUAACAAAAUCGAUAACUACAUCGCAGCGUUUGUAUUCGGAAGCGUUCAACUUCGCACAAUUAGGGUUGAAUUUGGAUGCCGUUCACGUUAAUACGCCCACUGGUUGUGCACGUUUUCUGUAUGAUUUAAUGCAUGCAACAGAUCUUCAGCUUGGAGUUAAGUUCAAGAACCUUGUGCAUAGCACUUAUCACAAAGACGGCGGCCAUUUUGCAGCAAUGGAACAACCUCUGCUACUGUACAAUGACUUUGUGGAGUUCAUCAAUAAAGUUUUUAACGUCCAGUAACUCAUCCAUAACGAAACAUACAAAGUUAUGAUUUAAUCAUUAAUGCGCAUGUAAAAAUUUCCUUUCAUUGAACAGUUAUAGGCUUUGGUUUUUAACAUUUCUCAAUACAUUGCCAAAAAUCACA